UUACACGCGACGUUGCUGGACGCUGGAAGAGUCUACAUUUAUCCUUUGCUCGGUGCGGAUCGGUUGAGCGUGGCUGCGUCAAAAAAUCGGUACAGGUCACGAGAUUACGAGCGUGCGCUAGCGUUAUUUUCGAGUGCGGCUUCAGAAAACAACAACAUCUAUACUGUGCGGUUGUGCGUGCGUGAGUUUUGUUCUUUUCGAGUGCGUGUUUUCCCCAACGGCAAGCGAGGAAAGAAAUAUGCGUGGAAAUUAGUGAGAGUCGUCUGGGUCUUAUCUCGCGAAGCAAAUCGUCAAGGAACGGAAUGGAUAAGGUUCUAGCAUUGCACAUAAAUCAUUCCUGUCUACUACGCUGGUCGGAGUAGGCCAGCGGGAGAGCGAGCGAGAGAAGGCAAGCGAGCGAGAGAAGAGAUCUGUUUAUAGAAAAUCGUUAACAAGGUGCAUUUAUUCGGGCGAUCGCGCGCGAUUGUGUUCUUCGGCAAAUACCACCAGUACCGACGGUGAAAGCGGCAGGAAUCGAACGCAUUCCUUUGGUUGUGCUCGGAAAAUCUUUCUCCCCCAAAUUUUGGUGUGUGCAAAAAUAAAAAGGGUGUCACAAAAAGCGAUCAUGUGCGUACAGUAACAGGAUAACCGGCGUUCAAUGUGUCUGUGCGAGUGGGUACGGUGUGCGGAAAAUCACAAGUGAAACCCCCGUUGGAAAAUGUACCGACCAGCAGGAAAAGUGUAACGUCAAUCCUGCGCAAGAGCAAAAAGCAAAGAAAGAAAAGUUUUCCGUGGGUGAUUUAGAUGGACGUGUGGUGAUCAGAUAAAGAAUUUCCACACAUUUUUAAGGUCAACCAACAUACUUCAACAGCUUCUCCGUUUCCUUCUGCUGCCGUUGGCCACCCCGCGUGUUUCUAGGGGUGGGAAAAGUGUGUCUUAGUGUGUGUGCGCGCGACCGGCGGCGGUGGUUAGAAGGUGGACCUUCUCAGCUCUCGGUACGCCGGGUUCGGUGGAACGGAUUUCAAAAUUUUAACGGAAGCGACCAAAACGCCCCCACGGGCAGUCGCGCUGGCGUCCUUUCUGGGGGACAGUUUCGCAGCAAUCGGUGCCCGGGCACCACCGGCCAAGGAUCUGAUGGCGUUCGGUUCGGUACUGCAGCACAACCAGCACAAUAUCGGUCGCGGUGAGCCACCGUCCGGGUUGGGCGAUCCGUGCGCCGGCUGCAACAAACCCAUCCUGGACAAAUUCCUGCUCAACGUGCUCGAACGCGGCUGGCAUGCGACGUGCGUCCGAUGCUGCGAAUGUCACCAACCGCUCGCGGACAAAUGCUUUAGCCGAGAGUCGAAGCUCUACUGUCGGAACGAUUUCUUCAGGCGCUACGGUACCAAGUGCAGUGGUUGCGGGCAGGGCAUCGCCCCGUCGGACCUGGUGCGGAAACCGCGCGACAAGGUGUUCCAUCUGAACUGCUUCACGUGCUGCAUCUGCCGGAAGCAGAUCAGCACCGGCGAGCAGCUGUACGUGCUGGACGACAAUAAGUUCAUCUGCAAGGACGAUUACAUGCUCGGCAAGGGACCCCACCCGAUGACAGAUUCCCUCAUGGGUUCCGCCUCUGAAGACGAAGACGAAGAGGACCAGAUGAGGCCCGGCGUGCUGGCGGGACUGGUCGGCGGUGGUACCGGUGCGGCCGGGCUACAUCACGGCGAUGGACCGCUGGGCGCGUCGGACCUUUCCGUGCAGAGCAUGAGCACGGACAGCAAGACGGGGCACGACGAUUCCGACCAGGGUUCGCUGGACGGUGAUCCGGACUGUCGGGGCGAUUCGCAGGCAGAGAACAAGAGCCCGGACGAUGGUGCCGGUUCGAAGCGGAGAGGACCCCGGACCACGAUCAAAGCCAAACAGCUCGAGGUGCUGAAGAACGCAUUUAGUCAAACACCAAAACCCACUAGACACAUAAGGGAACAGCUGGCGAAGGAGACGGGACUGCCGAUGCGGGUGAUACAGGUUUGGUUUCAGAACAAGCGUUCGAAGGAGCGACGGUUGAAGCAGCUCACCAGCAUGGGACGAGGUCCGUUCUUUGGCGGCGCACGGAAGAUGCGCGGUUUCCCGAUGAACCUGUCGCCCGGCGGGCUAGAUGAGCCCGGGUUCCCGUACUUCGCGGCGGACGGUAAAUUCGAUUUCGGGUACGGUGGUCCACCGUUCCAUCCGCACGAUGCCCCAUUCUUCGGGGGACACCCGGGCGCGGGCCCAAUGCCUUUCGGCGGUCCCGGAGGACCCAUGGAUCACCCGAUCCCAAUGGUAGGCGACUUCGUGGGCGGAAUGGCCGGUCCGGAUGGUGGUGGUGGUGGCCCCGGUGGGCCCGGCGGUGGACCCGGCAUGCUCGGCGGUCCCGGCGGUCCCGGCGGUCCUGGCGGAUUUAUGGGACAACCGGGUGGACCGGGAGGCCCGGGAGGAAAUCCACAGCAACAGCAGCAGCAGCAGCAGCAACAGCAGCAGGGACACGGACCGGAUGGGGUCGGCGGAAUGUUACCGUCGUCCCGGCCCGGUGGCAGCCCGGUAGAGUUCCUAACGUCGGGCAACUUCUCCGAGUCGCAGAACAUGCAGAGCGAGGGUCUGGUGUGGUAAGUGCGGUUGGGGAAUAGGAGUGCCCAUCAGCAUUCCCGUUCCUCCCAGGCCCUAGCGGCAGCUUAUCACGGUUGUUAUCUUACGGAGCGCGAGCAGGAGCAAGAGUUUUAAUUUAUUUAAGCAUGUACUAUGCGCGUGGUGGAUGUUGUGUCAGGGCUUGUGUCGGGCGGGGGGAGGGUUUCGUUCGCAUUCUUGUUGCUUUUCUUCAGCCAACAGUGUGGCCUCGUAGAACUGAUUUAUUGGUACAGCGCGAGCGUGUCCAGGGCGUGAGCGCUCUUUGUUUACGCGAACAGCACGCACUUUUUCGCCGGAACCGGCGACAAACCGUCGUUGACAAAACCGUCGUCUCGGGUCUCAUAAUUAGCGGUCCAUGCGUGAAUUAUUGAACCGCUCAGCUAAGUGUGUGCGUGCGUGCGUGCGUGUGGGGUACUUGUUGCUGGUUUGUUGGCGCCACGGAUUCGAUUCGUCCCCGGUGACAGAGCAUUGGGGUUAUUACGUCCCCGCGGACGCGCACAUGGCGCUUGCAGAGAUCUCAUGUUUCUUUGGGGCUUUGGCUCGUUUGCGAAAAAGCGAAAAAGCGUUAAACUGGGUGAGUCGUAAAUCGUAACAUUGACUGCUGGUAAUGGACCGUUUUGGGACGGGCGCUGACGUAACCCAUACUCGAUUGUCGAGCGAGAGACUCAAACACACAUGCCAACCUUUGGGAAGUAAAAAUUGGGCGAGUGCGAGUUGAAAGUCCGAGGGCACGGGGGGUUGAGCCGUCAACUGUUGCUUAUGACGGGCGUUUGAGGAUGGACUGUUUGGUAGCAAUUUGUGACAAUAGUGUGACUGUUUUCCUUCAGGAAGCAACUUUCAACCGAUCAGUAUUAAAGGACAGCAAUCAAUUAUAGCACAGCAUUAUAGCAAAACACACACGACGUUUAGUGUACAGCACACGGCACAGUGGGCAACGGUCGCUCGGUGUCCUCUCAAUCAAUCCUCAUCAGCCGCACUCGCAACUGAUCAUCCCCGCGUCUCCCUGACGCCAUGCACGCUCGUAAGAUAUUUAUGUUAAGGACUAAUAACGCUUCCCGUACGAAAGCGGAUUGUUGUUUUCUAUUCUUAGUAGUUUUGGUUCGUGCGUAAGGCUACGGUUAAAAUUAAAUUAUUUAGCAAACCGACGGCUUUUAAGUAAAGGCUAUUACAGUUGGCAUUCGCCGGCGACAGGGGACAGGUUCCGGUCCGUCACUCAUCAGUUAGCAGUCUGUACAUUAUUAUGAAGUUCUAGCUAAUCGAUUGCGUCCAUCGUGAACCGGUGGACGGAGCGGAUUAAGGGUGAAUGUUAGCUCCUCACAAGUUUUAGUGGAAUGCGUCGUGGGUGAGUGUAAAAAAGGCGGGUUUUCUUACCCGUUCUGGUAGGCUGCAACAGCUUCUUCUUGGGAAUAGGGAGCCCGGAGUUCGGCUACCGAGCAGCGGGACGGUGGGUGGGAAAUGUUUAUCAGUUUUCAAUGCACAACCCACCAAUCAACUAUCGGGGGACAACUGUCACGCGAAAAAAGGUCGGAAAAACAAAUCAGUUGAACGGUAACGGAGAAAAAUCGUGUGUGUACGUAUGUGAGAGUGUAAAUAGUGCUUAAAAAAGCUGAACGUGUAAAUAGAAACUCGAACCACACGAUGGUUGAUGAGAAGAAAAUGGAAAAUGAAUAAGCGGUGGUAGAAAAGGGAAAGAAACCCAGAAACCAUUCAUAAAACCUUGAUAGAUUGUAGCGCGUUGAUUGGGACGAAGACAAACGGAGCUGAAGGAGUGGUUAAUAGCAAAGAAAACAGAAAAGAAAAAAAAAACUAAGCGCCGGAAAACAAACAACAUGAAAUCUCCCAGUUUCAGUGCUUAGCGAGUUGUAAAAUUAACAAUUUUAGUGAACAAAAGUGGUAAACCUUAAUGUAAGGACUAGAAGAACAUAUGGGCAUAUUUUGAAAAUAACAAAGCAGGCUAAGAAGGAAGAAAAAAAACAUCAAAUCAAAGUAACAUCAGCCAAACCAACCAAUAACAAAACCUUCGACUCCCGCCGGAAGAGCAAAAAGCGGAAAUCGGUUCGGAACGGGUGAUGGUGUAGAAUUAAAAAAUCGAAUCAUGCAAAAAACUCAUUCCAACAAAUGAACAACAAAAACACAUCAAACAAUAGGAAAAAGGGGGGGAAGGAAAGGAAAUCGCAUCAAGAGAAGAAAACAAAAGGAAGCGGAAGAAAAGAAAACGACCCAAUUGUGUUAUUAUUUGUUUAAGGACAUCUUACAGUUAGGAGCAAAAUAAAAGAGGAAGAAAAAAAGGAAAGAAGCCAGCAGAAGUAGUAGAAACAAGAACCGCAACAACAGCAGCAGAGAGAAAAACAAAACACACACACACACAAACAAACAAUUAUGUGGAGCGGGCAAAUGGAGAAAGGAGAGCGAAAUAAUAAAUGAAAAUAAUAACGACAAAUAA